UUUGAUUUGAUGUUUGAUAUGUUUUAGACGCGUCAUGGCGCGAACUGGAGGCUCACCACUUCAUGCGCGGCAUCAUGGACGAGUGCACACAUCUGCGCAACUUCGCCCGCCCCGUCGACACGUCACUGAUCACGGUGGUGUGCGCGCGCAACGACGGCUACGUGCCACGUGACAGCGUCACUCCGCUCGCCGACAUCUGGCCUGGCCUCGAGGUGCGCUAUGUCGACGCCGGUCAUGUCACCGCUUUCCUCCUGCAUCAGAAUGUCUUCAGGUCUGCGAUUAAGGAUUCGUUCGAACGUGCGAGGAACAAAUAUUACGAAAAAUCACAUCAGUCAAGAAAAUCUGCGUAAAAUGGAAAACCUCAACCUACAAAACAUUUCCAACCUUUCUGCUGAAAUAAGAAAAUAUCCAAAUUUAUAUUUUGUCUCAAAUCACAGUACACUUUAUUAACAUGAAAAACAUUCGCAAAUAGAACGGAGUGACGAUUGUGAAAUUACAGGUAAUAAUCCAAUAUCACGGAACAUAUUUUUGUAAAAUUUAUUCAAAUAUACUGUACAAUGAAAGAAUUAUUAUUUAUCAGUAGUGGUACGGUAUCUUAAUGUUGGUAGAGUAUGUACAAGUUUAGUUAAUAUUUCAUUUAUUCAUAUGCAGCCUUUUAUUUUAGUAAUAGUCACUAACCGAAUUAGAUUUGAAUUAUUUUAACCAUAUAAAAUUGAAGCUCAACCUGAUUUAUUGAUAUUAUUAGACUUUUUGUAGCUGAUUAUAACCACCAAUCAGUGAAUCAAAAAGAAAUCUGUGAUAUUAUCCCUGUAAGUCAUUUGAUAUUGGUUUGAUUCAGGCAGUCACUAUUCCUGAAUUAAAAUUUUAGUACCUUUGAAAGUAAUUUUCAUUGAGUCUUGAAGAUUUUACUCUUGUAUUUUAUCAAUUUGCUACUAAUAUUAUACAACAAAUACCGAUAGUGAAAAUCAUUGUUUUCAAUUGAUAUUUUUUAGGUAGCUAGCAUUCCUCUUACAUUUGUAUUCACUUUUUUAGCAAUGAGAUCUCUCCGAUUAAAUGUCCGCUGUUAUAUAUUUAUUUUUAUCUACUCUAUUCUAUUGCUUUUGGAUUGGAAAAUACGUAUGGAAUGAUGCUUAUGGAAUUAUUAGGGAUUUAAGACUCUCUUCACAUAUGGGCACAAAACAUUAGUUUUCAAUACAAUUACAUUAUUUUUCAACAUUGUACCUGAUGUUAGAAAUAACUUGCUUAUUGGUGAGAUGUUAUUGAGUUUUAAGCCACUAUAAUAAGUCAUGAAGAAGAGAUUUUAUUUGUUAAAAUUCAUUCUCUGGAGCAUGGUACCAAAAUAAUAAUAUUUUCAAUCGAUCAUCCUUAAUUAAAACCAUGAGUAUUUUGACAAACACAUGUAGAUUGUCAGGUACAUAAGAAAAAAUAUCACAAAACAGACCACUGUUAUUGAUUGACAUUAAUUAAAAACUUGAAGAUAACAAUUAUUACAGAUAUAUAACAUGUUCAAAAGUUGACAUUUACAGAUAACCUGAAUAGGCAUUUUAUUCUUCUAUCAUUCCAUCAACUACUCAGAACUAUAAUUCAUUCAAUACUGUAAUACAAUUGCUUUUUUAAUUCACAACCCAUAGGAUAUAACAAGAAUAGUUGAAUGAAUGAGAAUAAAUUUUUGAAAUAAUAUUUCACAAUAAAAUUCAAAACUACGAUAUCACGAUUAUUAUUAUAAUGUUUGAGGAAUGCAUACUAACACCGCAUGAAUAUAGCUAGAAUUUAACAAUAGCCCUGUAAAUCAAUGUGUCAUUAUACAAUACUUACUGUAAUUAUGUGGAAUUAUUUUAUUGGAUGUAGAUUGUGAAACGUGUAAUAUUUUAAUUGACAAAUACAAUAAUUUAUUAUCAUUGUUGA